GGUGCACAUAUAGAGGGGCGGAGAGGGCGCGGCUUGUCCAGACGCUCUCUGUCCUGACGACGACGACGACGAUGUCGCCGAAGUUGAUAUUCCUGCUAGGAUCCCUGUGUCUACUUGCCGGGACACAGGUCCGGGCGCAAGAUGAGGAAGGCGGCGAUGGACUCGACGCAAACGCCGAGGAGCUUUGUCAGGACAGACCGGGCGACGAAUACUUUCGCUUGAGCGUUGAAGGCGACUGCCGCGAUGUCGUGAGGUGCGACAAAGCGACCGAGAUCGGAGUGACCAGGCUGGCUACGGUGCGGUGUCCCACGGGUCUCGCGUUCGACAUCGAGCGGCAGACCUGCGACUGGAAGACGAACGUGAAGAACUGCGAUCAACUCGAGAAGCCGCGUAAGGUCUUGCCCAUCCUCAAGACCGACGAGCCCGUCUGCCCAGAGGGGAAGUUGUCAUGCGGUAACGGCGAGUGCGUCGACAAGGAGCUCUUCUGUAAUGGCAAGCCCGACUGCAAGGACGAGUCCGACGAGAACGCCUGCACUGUGGAGACCGAUCCCAAUCGUGCACCAGACUGCGAUCCCACGCAAUGCGUGCUGCCCGACUGCUACUGCUCGGCUGAUGGCACUCGCAUCCCCGGCAACAUCGAUCCCCAACAAGUGCCGCAGAUGAUCACGAUCACGUUCAACGGCGCUGUGAAUGUCGACAACAUUGACCUGUACGAGGAGGUCUUUAACGGGCAGCGACAGAAUCCGAACGGCUGCCAGAUCCGCGGUACCUUCUUCGUCUCGCACAAGUACACCAACUACUCGGCUGUCCAGGACUUGCAUCGACGCGGCCACGAGAUCGCAGUGUUCUCGUUGACCCACAAGGAGGAUCCGCAGUAUUGGAGUCAGGGCACCUACGACGAUUGGCUGGCGGAGAUGGCUGGCGCCAGGUUGAUUAUCGAGCGCUUCGCCAACAUCACUGACGGCUCCAUCAUUGGCAUGCGCGCUCCUUAUCUCAGGGUUGGCGGUAACAAACAGUUCGAGAUGAUGGCCGACCAGUUCUUCGUGUACGAUGCGUCCAUCACGGCGUCCCUGGGACGAGUACCCAUCUGGCCGUAUACCCUCUACUUCCGGAUGCCACAUCGUUGCAAUGGCAACGGUGGUAACUGUCCGUCCAGGUCGCAUCCGGUCUGGGAAAUGGUGAUGAAUGAGUUGGAUCGCAGAGACGACCCCACCUUCGACGAGUCCCUGCCUGGUUGCCACAUGGUUGACUCGUGCUCCAACAUUCAGACCGGCGAGCAGUUCGCCCGGCUGCUCAGGCACAACUUCAACAGACACUUCAACAGCAACAGGGCGCCACUUGGCCUGCACUUCCACGCGUCCUGGUUAAAGAGCAAGAAGGAAUACAAGGAGGAGCUGAUCAAGUUCAUCGAGGAGAUGAUCGCCAGGAGUGACGUAUACUUCGUUACCAUGGUUCAGGUGAUCAAGUGGAUGCAACAGCCGACUGAGCUCUCCGCGCUCAGAGACUUCCAGGACUGGAAGGAGACCUGCGACGAGAAGGGUUUGCCCUACUGCUCGCUGCCCAACGCCUGUCCCCUGACUACCAGGGAGCUGCCCGGCGAAACUCUGCGUCUUUUCACCUGCAUGGAGUGCCCCAACAACUAUCCGUGGUUGCUGGACCCGACCGGCGACGGUUUCUCCGUGAAGAAGUGAUCCGUCGUCCAUGAAACGAGCAAUGCCGCGUCGAUCGGCAGCGCGAUCCGAUUUCUUCGAGCGGUCGGUCGCUGAUAAGGAUGUCGGAAGCGACGCCGAUCAUCCGCGACGUCAUACAUUAUCAAGUAACACGGAAAUCGCGCGCCAUCGAUCUCGGCCAGCCAGAGACUCAAGAGCACGGCUCUGGAAGACGGAGAAAGACGCGGAGAAAGCAAUCGGCGGCGGCGGGGUGUGUCGAGGCGCAAGAUCUCGGACGAUCUCAGAGUCGUCUUAUCGCGAUUAGAAAGCGUCACCUGGUCGGAGGGAGAUCGAGUCGUGUGUACGAAUGUAGAGAAACUCUUUUACUUUUGAAGGAAACGCCAAGAAUGCCGCGUGCCGCGCCGUUUCUCCGAGUCCGGCUCGGCUGUCAUUAUUAUUUAUGUAAAUUAGUGUAUCGGUAAAACACACCGCCGCCUGUGAUCGCGGUGAGGAUGGUCGCGUGUAUCUCUCUCUCUCUCUCUUUCUCUCUCUCUCUCGAGGAAAACGCCAUCGCCGCACGAUCGCCGAUGAAACUCGCGGGAAAAAGCAGGACGUCGCUCUUAUUUCUUUCUGCCCGCGAAACGGGAACGAGCUCGUUCGCGAGCGGCGUCGACGGCUGCCAAGGAAUCGACGUCCGUCGGGAACGAGGUGGUUCCGUAGCAGACGUCCCACUUGUACAUAUCCACCGGAUCCUUGCCCUCCUGAUCCUCGUCCUCGUUGUUUUCUGGAGGCGCGCGUUACGGACAGAGCUUUCUCGCGGCUGACGAAGCGAGAGACAGAAGCUGAACACACCAUCCCGCGCCUCUUUGGACAUGUACUCUCUAGGAUUUAAGCGACGCGCGAGAGUCUAAGUAAUUUUUAGUAUCCUUAAAAUAUUUCUCAAUAAAAACUGUACGUACAAAAAGCAAA